AUGAUUCCACAAUUAAUCUGCACUCUAGUGCUGGCUCAAAUAGCCUUCGCUGCUCCACUGGAUAAAGAGCAAAAAAUUGUCAAUGGAACGGAUGCGUCCAUUGCGGAUUUUCCGUUUAUGGUAUCGCUGCGCGGUAGCACAGGACGUCAUUCGUGCGGUGGCUCCAUCCUGAACGAGUUAUGGAUCCUAACGGCGGCGCACUGCGUCAACUACUACACCACACCGUACCUGCAAUCGAUCCAGGUGGGGCGGUCCGAGGUUUCAACCGAUAUUGAUGAUUCCGUGUAUCUCAUCGAUGAUGUGAUUAUUCAUCCGUAUUACGAUGCAUCCAACAGCUACGUUAACGAUGUAGCGUUGAUUAAACUGCGGAAGCCGCUGGAGUUCAGCGACACGGUGAAACCUGUCACACUGCCAACGAAGUACGACGAGCUGGACGGGACGGAUCUGGACGUUACUCUGAUCGGUUGGGGCCGGCUGGAAUCGGAUGGAGAUUUACCGACGACGUUGCAAAAAGUGGACUAUUCGGUGGUGCUGAACGAUGAGUGCAACCAGCGGCAUUCGAACCAUAUCUAUCCGAGUCACAUCUGUGGCGCUACGCCCGGCGGUGGCAAAGGGCAGUGCAGCGGUGAUUCGGGAGGUCCUCUGUUGCAUAACGGAGUCCAGGUCGGUAUUGUGUCGUGGAGUAUUAAACCUUGUACCAUUGCUCCGUACCCUGGGGUACUGACGAAGGUGUCCUACUUUAUUAAUUUUAUUGAGGAGAAUAUGUCAAAGUGA